AUGGCCCCCCGUACCGACUUCCCUCCCGUCCGGGCCUGCCUCUUCGACAUGGACGGCCUCCUUCUCGACACUGAGGACCUCUACACCGCCUGCAUUAACGUCAUCCUCGAGCAGUACGGCCGCCCCCUCCUGCCCUGGAACAUCAAGGCCAAGCUCCAGGGCCGUCCAGGCCCCGAGUCCACCCGCAUCUUCCGCGAGUGGGCGCAGCUCCCCAUCGAUCAGGACGAGUACCAGAAGAAGCUGUCCGCCCUCCAGCGCGAGCUCUUCCCCAGCACCCAGCCCCUCCCCGGCGUCCCCGAGCUCCUCCAGAACCUGGGCCGCACCCGCUACUGGGACCUCAAGCCUGCCGACACAGCCGCCGACAAGAACCCCCACCGCGUCCACAUCGCCCUGGCCACUUCCUCCCACGAGGCCAACUUCAAGCUCAAGUCGGACCACCUGACCGAGCUCUUCUCCGUCUUCCCCUCCCACCGCCGCGUCCUCGGCGACGACAAGCGCAUCGCCGCCGGCCGCGGCAAGCCCAACCCCGACAUCUUCCUGCUCGCCCUCAAGACCAUCAACGACUCCCUCGCCGACGGCGAGAAGCCCAUCACUCCCGACGAGUGCCUCGUCUUCGAGGACUCGGUCCCCGGCGUCGAGGCCGGCCGCCGCGCCGGCAUGCGCGUCGUCUGGUGCCCCCACCAGGGCCUCCUCAAGGAGUACGCCGGCCGCGAGAAGGAGGUCCUCGCCGGCCGCACCGGUGAGGCUGGCCAGGUAGACAUGCACCAGGUCGGCGACGUCGACGACGGCUGGGCCGAGUACCUCCCCACCCUCGAGCACUUCCCCUACGACAAGUUCGGCAUGGUCAUCCCCCCCAUCGACGUCGACAACGAGCCCUUCAUGAAGGAGAACGUCGGCGACGUCCUCGUCGACAGCACCAACGGCUCCUCUUGA